GGUAGCAGCAACAGGGAUUCACAGCAGCUUCUAAUCAGUCCUGACAAAACCACCAUAAGAACCAUGACCAUGGGCAAGAUCAUCUUCUACGAGGACAGGAACUUCCAGGGUCGUCACUAUGAGACCAGCAGCGACUGCCCUGAGCUCACCUCCUACCUGAGCAGGUGUCACUCCUGCAGGGUGGAGAGCGGCUGCUUCAUGGUCUACGACCGCCCCAACUUCAUGGGAAACCAGUACCUGAUGAGGAAGGGCGAGUACUCCGACUACAUGAGCAUGAUGGGGAUGUCCGACUGCAUCAGGUCCUGCCGUACGAUCCCUGCGCACCGUGGAUCCUACAGGAUGAAGAUCUUCGAGAGGGAGAACUUCAGUGGUCAGAGCAACGAGCUGAUGGACGACUGUGAGAACAUCCAGGACCGCUACCGCAUGUCCGACUGCAUGUCCUGCCAGGUGAUGGACGGCCACUGGCUGAUGUACGAGCAGCCCCACUACAGAGGCAAGAUGAUGUACCUGAGGCCCGGAGAGUACAGGAGCUUCAGGGACAUGGGCAUGAGCAGCAGCAAGUUCAUGAGCAUGAAGCGCAUCACGGAUUCCUGCCACUAAAUGUUUUCCUUAAUUCCACUAAAUAAAGUAAAACGCUCUUUUUUUCUAAAUCUA